UCUUGUAUAUGUAAUUUUACUCUUUGUUACUCAUCUCGGCUCUCAGUGUCUACUCUGGCACUUUUACCAUCGAGGCCUGUUGUGUUUAUGCGGGCAACGCUGCUACUGAACAGGAAACAAAUCAGACUGGAUGGAAAGAUAUAUAUCAUAAUGCUUCGUAGUAUGUCUUGACAAGUGAGAAAGACUUUCGAACGAGGGUCUCGGCAGUCAAGGGUUCAUCACGAUGGUGGUCGGUCAUCAGCUUCCGGAACAGUACACUGUACCACAACUAGCCAUUUUCUUUCACAGUUUGCCGCAUCUAAAUGUUUCGUUCCAUUUGGUUAACAACACCUUUAAUCCUGGCUCUGAUAUAUAUCUUGAGAGUCUGGGUAUAUUAGGAAGCAUUCCUGCUGCCUGGUUGAUCUUGACACUACUCGUAUUGUUAGUUUAUCUUGUAACGAGAUGUUGCGAUCGAAAACCACGUCCACGAAGAUCAAUAACUCUAUUGAAAUGUUUACUUGCUAUUUUGGCAGUACUGUGUUCUGGUGCAGUUGCAGUAGGACUUUAUGGAAACGAUGAUGUACACAAUGGUCUUGUACAAUUUUUAAAUGCUGCUAAAGAGAUUGAUAAGAGUAUCAUGUCUGUUAAAAAUCAAACAGAAACAAUAGACACAAUACUUAGAAAAAAUUUAAAACCUGGACUAACGUCAUUUGGUGAUGAAUUGGAUGCACCAGUUGGUAAUAAAACAGCUUACGAAAUUUUGAUGCCAAUAUGGAAUCAAAUGCUUAAGAAUACAACGAUUGCUGUUGAACGUAGUGGUGAAUUAAAAAAACUGUUGUGUUGUAUUAAUCUUGGUAAACCUAUUGAGCUGGUUGAUAAAAUUGAAUCCUUCAGAUGGCCUGUCACUAUGGCUGUACUGAGUGCUUUACUUGUACUAUGUGUGGUUCUGCUGGUCGGAGUCGCGCGACAUUCUCGCUGUGCCCUCAUUACAUUUUCUGUAUUUGGUCUCUUUGCUGUCAUAAUAUCAUGGCUAAUGGCUUCAUCGUACCUGGCUACAUCGGUAUUCCUCGGUGAUUUCUGUAUAUCCCCUGAUGGUUAUCUUACAAGAAAUAAUCCAACACCAAUGGCUAGUGAAGUACUUAAUUACUAUAUGCACUGCGAAAGCACCCAAAAUAAUCCAUUCACACAACGAUUGAGAGAAGGACAAAUGGCUGCUGGUUAUAUGAGAAUGAGUUUGGCUGCUGUUGAACGUAUUGUCCUGGACCUAUACGAUAGCCCAUCACUUGCGCCGAAGCUCAGUAGCCUCAAGAAUGAGGUGAACGCCGUGGACCAACUUAUGCCAGGUUUAACUACUCUUCUUAACUGCAAACCACUUCAUAGGCAAUACGUUAAUGCCGCCAAAGGUCUCUGUCAUCUUGGACUGUACGGAUUGACAUUUAUGCUGAUUGCUAGUUUUGCUGCUGGAAUAUUUUUUACUAUCUUAGUUUGGGUUGAUUCCCACACGUGGAUUUAUAUCAGAAAACGAAGGGAUUACUCACAAGUUGACGAGCAGGAUCCAUUUUUGCCACCAUCAGCGGCGUCGCAGGCCAUCGCAGCCAGGACUCUUCGUGGCCAAGGGUCGUACCCGCCUACAGCCCCUUCUCUUAAUCCAAAUUCUCAUGGCACGAAUAAUACAAUUAAGCAGCCUCUUCUGCUAACGCCGCCCCCGCCAUCCUACGCUACCGCAACAGCUCGAGCACGUCAGCUGCACGAGAGCAUGUUAAAAGGUGGGGGUGUUAACGGGAGUGGAGGAAUCGGAGAUCACAAACUGUCUCAGCAUAAUCAGCAAUCGGCAAGUGGACGAACUGAGCACCGUUCUGGGCACGGAGAUCAACCUGGUCAGUACGCAACUUUAAGUAAACAGUGCAAGACUUUAGAAUCUAAUGAUUUUUACUGAGGACACGCCCCCUCGGGACCUGGGAGAGAGCCUCCUUGGACACCAAGUGUGGCGUCCUUCACUGGCACAAUGUCUCAUAACUCCCACGGUCCUGCCCAUCUUGCCACAUUUCAAGACUCUCGAAAAACCCAAACACUGGAUCCCAAAAAUCUUGCUAAUUUAA